AUGCGUUUGGAAGACUCCAUAAUAUUUUCUUCUUCCAGUUUAAUUAGCUUCAACUCCAUCACCAAAUUCUUGCAAAAAUGUUCCCAAAUAAAGAGUCUAAGAGCCACCAAAAUCCUUCAUGCUGUCUUACUUAGGAAAGGCUUGUUUUCUGUUUCACUCAAUAUCCACAGCGAACUCAUUUUCACAUAUGCCGCAUGCCUGGAAAGCAAAACCAGCAUUAAAAUCUUAACCAAUUACUUCAAAUCCAUAAACCCCCCAAACCCAUUGCCCUUUAAUGUAAUAAUAUCUGAUUUUUCAAAAAAUGGGUUUGCGUUUUUUGCACUAAAAACUUUUUCUUUUAUGCACUUUAAUGGCAUUUCUUUGGAUACUUAUGCUUUGUGUAGUUCCAUAUCAGCGUCAUCUUCAUUGAAGAAAGCUGAAUUUGGUAAACAAAUUCAUUCUCACGUGGCGAAAUCAGGUUGGACGUCGAGUGUCUUUGUAGGCAGUGCUCUAGUUGAUUUAUAUGCAAAAUCGUCACUUAUCGCCGAUGCAGCUGUGAUGUUCGACGAAAUUCCUUUUAAGAACUCCGUUUGUGCAAAUGCACUUUUAUCAGGAUUUUGUGAGGCUAAGUUGUGGAUUCAGGGACUUGUACUUGUUAGGAAGAUGCCUGGAUUGAAUUUGGAUUAUGACCAUUUUACUUUAUCGGCUAUGUUACGUGCAUGUGCAGGGCUUUCGGCUAUUGAAUUGGGGAGGCAAGUGCAUGGAUAUUUAUUCCGUAAAUUUUAUAAUUUGGUGGAGGAUGUAUUUCUGCAAAGUUCAUUGAUUGAAAUGUAUGGAAAAUGUGGGUUGGUGAUGCAAGCUUUCCAAGUUUUCAGUUUGGCAGGGCUGAGAUUGGGGAGGGAGAAAAGAAGGGAUGUUGUUCUUUGGACUUCAAUGCUUGGUGUGUAUGGAAGAAAUGGACACUAUGAAGACUUGAUUUUGUUAUUUAAAGAGAUGUUGAGGGAGGGUAUUAAGCCUGAUGAGGUGGCAUUUGUAACAGUCAUCUCAGCCUGUGGUCACACUGGACAAAUAAGACUAGGCCUUGAGUAUUUUGAUUGCAUGACUCAUGUUUACAAGUUGAUUCCUGGUCCAGAGCACUACAGUUGUGUGGUUGAUCUACUAUGUAGGGCUGGUGAGUUAGAGAAGGCAAUGAAGGUGGUCAAUGAGAUGAUGCUUCAGAAAGGCCACAACAAUGGCAGUGUUUCCUUAUGGGUGGCUUUACUUAGUGCUUGCAGUGAUCAUGAAAAUGUUGAGUUGGGUAAAUUUGCUGCUCAAAAGGCACUCGAGUUGGAUCCUCAGAAUGUUGGAGUUUAUGUUAAGCUAUCAAAUUUAUACGCUAGGUUAAGAAUGUGGGAUGAGAUUGGUCAGUUAAGGGAGACAAUGAAGCAGAGAGGAUUAAAGAAAGAUACCGCAUUUAGUUGGGUAGAAGUCAGUGGUUGAAUAGAGCAGGUAUCAGUCAUGAAGGAGACAUGUAGGAUGUAAAUGGUUUCAUUUGAAUGAACAUGUGGGAUUCUGAAGCAUGCAGUUUAGAAGGGUGAAUACGUUGAUAACUUCAUGUUACAACAUGCUUUGGAGGAAACUGCAGCAUCUUCAUUUUGGCUGCUUUUAUGGAGCUUGCAAGGAUUGUGUUGUAUAAAUUAUGUUUAGUGCACAUCAUUUUCACGUUAGAAUUCCAAAGCUUUAACCUUAUGAACACGGCCAAGAUUUCAUAGGCAUAAAAGUUUGGAAUUAAAUUCCAGUUUGGGGCAAUUUAGUUUGUUCCUUAUUUCUCUGUCGGGGCUGCUGGGCCAACUACAAAAGGGCCAGACUCAAGCUGGCCAAUCCUACUGAACAUAACAUUAAAAAUAAGGGCCUUUUAGUCAUUCUAUGGUGCACUUGUUCGUCUGUCACAUUACAUGUUGCUCUAUUAUUGGCUAAAAUCAUGAGUGUUAUAGAAACCUCACUUACGCAAUCAAUUCCUCAAACCCCAUGCCCUGCAAACCAGGCACUGUAACUAAGGUGAAAGAAAAACCCUAAUUUUCUUUCUAGUUGAACCUUGAUUUCUCACGAGGUUGAGCCGAUUUUCUUACAUGAUAUGAUAGAUACUUCAUUGUCGAAAAAGAAAGAUCCAGAUCAGCCGGAGAUUAGCUUGCCCACGCUCAAAUCACAGCGCACCAAAAUGGGCAAAUCCGAAGACAGUGAAAAGAAG